UAUAUGGAUAUGUUCUCGACACCCUGGGCUUCUAAGGUCUGGAGUUCUAGUUCUCGAUAUUACUAAGGGGAGGCUGGAUUGGUGAUAAAACAACAGUUUGGGUUAACUAAAGGAUUAUUAUUCACCGGAUGAACGUUUGACCCACUGCAGGUUUAACGGAAAGCGUUAACCAUGGGAGAUGUACAAGUUGUAUCCACCACUCGGAUUUCCAAGACUUCAUUAACACUGGACAGGAGUGGCCUAAAAAGCUCUUUACCUUCUGAACCUCCAGCAUUCACUCUCCCUCCACGAAACAUUCGCAUUCCACUGGGAGGAACAGCUCGUUUUGAAGGAAAGGUCAGGGGAUAUCCUGAACCACAGGUAACAUGGUACAGGAAUGGACAACCAGUCACACAGGGGGAUCAUUAUGUGGCAGAACAGAGCAUCAGAGGCAUUUUCAACCUGAUGAUUAAAGGUGCUCAAGAGGAGGACAGUGGAAAGUACACAUGUGAAGCUGCUAAUGAGAGUGGUGUUCGGCAAGUUACUGUGGAACUGACAGUGGAAGAUAACUUUGGGAAGAAAUAUGGAUUACCAUCCAGUAACAAAUCAUCCAGCUCAAGAUCUUCGGUACCACCUAUAGACAGUAGGCCAAGCAUCUGGGGAGAAAGUCCACCUAAAUUUGUUACCAAACCUAGCAGGAUAACCAUAAAGGAAGGUUGUACGGGCAAGUUUUCUUGUAAAAUAACAGGUCGGCCACAGCCUCAAGUGACGUGGUUUAAGGGUAAUGUCAACUUGCAGUCAAAUGAGCACUUCAACAUGUUUGAGAAAUCUGGAAUGCAUUUUCUUGAAAUCAAAGAUGUUCAGCUGUCUGAUGCAGGAACCUACACGUGCUCUGUGGAGAACAGCUCUGGAAAAGCCACCGCAUCUGCUGAGCUCGUAGUCCAAGGUUCAGGUGAUAAAAUAUUCAGUAUUCCUACACAGUCGACAACUUCUGUAGCAAAGACUGUUGACCAUUCUGAAACCAUUCAUACAACUACCAACAGUUCUGAAACUAGUCAUAGAACUGUUAAUGGUGUUUUUAUGGAUAAGAAAUUCAGUAGUAUGGCAAUUGCUGUUGAUGCAAAAAAGAAUGUAGAUGUAACAGAGUCCUCUUCCAAAUUACUUAAGGAAAACAGGGAAAGUAUUCAAGUACAAAAGGAAGAAUGGAAAUCAGACCAAAAGGAGACACUUUUAAAACCCAAAACUGAAAAACCAUCCCCAGUACAGCAGAAGACAUCAAGCACAAUAACUCUUAAAGCAGUAAAACUUCAGCAAGAACCUAAAGCAGAAGUUGCAGUCACGCCGAGUUUGAACAGUCACACAGAAGAGAAGAGAACAGUAACUCAACCGUGGAGGGUGGAAAGCCCAAGGGCUCUUAGGAUGUCUCAAGUUGAUGGCAAGGAGGCUGAGAAGAAACCAGAGAUCAGAAAGUCUGCAGGAGAGCAAAGAUGGGAGGCUAAAGGAACUCGUCCUCAGUUUGACCUCCACCCACAGAGCCAACAGGUUUUAGAAGGCCAAGAUGUUAUAUUCCGAUGUAAAGUUUCAGGGUACCCAAAACCAGAUAUUGCAUGGCUGAAAGGUGGAGUUCCUCUGAAAGAAAGAGAAAAUGUUCAGAUAUAUGAAGAAGGUGACCUCCAUUGCUUGUCUCUUACCAACGUCCAUCUAACAGAUGGUGGAUCUUACACCUGCACAGCCAUCAACAGUCGGGGGCAGGUUUCCAGCAGCUGCACACUGAAUGUCAAAAAGCCCAAGGUUGAAGAGGUUGCACCUGUGUUUACAAGUGUCCUAAAGGACUGUACAGUGACUGAAGGGCAGAAUUUGGUGUUGCAGUGCUCUGUUGAGGGGAAACCCACACCUCAGGUCUCAUGGCUAGUAAACGACAAGCCCAUCCAGUAUGCACACUCCUCUCUUGAAAAUGGAGUUGCAGCAUUAAAAGUGCAGGAUGCCCUGCCAGAAGAUGGUGGCAUUUAUACAUGUGUCAUUGAAAACAGCAAGGGAAGGGCUUCUUGCAGUGCAAGGGUCAUAGUACUGGAAAAGAAAACUGCUGUAAAACCUGAACCUGCAAAGGCUAUCCAGAACAAGAAGACUUUUGCUCCGAUUUUCCUAAAAGGAUUGAGUGACUUAAAGGUGAUGGAUGGAAGUCAAGUCCAAAUGAGUGUGGAAGUGUCAGCGAAUCCACCACCAGAAAUAGUUUGGCUACAUAAUGGCAAAGAAAUUCAGGAAUCUGAAGAUUUCCACUUUGAGAAGAAAGGCAAUGAAUAUAUCCUCUACAUCCAGGAAGUUUUCCCAGAGGACAAAGGAAAGUAUACAUGCGAGGCAUGGAAUGACUUGGGGGAAGCACAGACCCAGGCAACUUUAACCGUUCAAGAACCACAGGAUGGGAUCCAGCCCUGGUUCAUUAGCAAGCCAAAGUCUUUGGUCAGCAGUAUUGGUGAUCACACCCUUAUUUCUUGUGCCAUUGCUGGAGAUCCCUUUCCAGCUGUCCAUUGGUUCAAGGAUGGUCAAGAGAUCACAGAGGAGGACGGGUUUGAAUUUCUUCAAAAUGAAGAUGUUUUCACACUGAUAAUUAGGAAAACCCAAGUUUGUCAUGCUGGAAAUUAUGAAAUUCAACUCAAGAAUGAAGUUGGAGACUGCAGCUGGCAGGUGUCUCUGAUGGUACAGGAGGCUUCAUGUUCCAGAGGGGAUGUUCACAGAGAAAACAGGGAGUGGAAGACUGGCAGCUUUGAGGAAGACGAAGAGGAGGAGGAAGAGAAUGGGAGUCCUGAAGCAGUGAAAUUCAACAGGUUUGGUGCUAUCAGAAAGAGCCUAGAUUAUAUUAAACCCACAGAUGAGGAAAGUGAAGACAUAAGAGGAGUGUUAAAGAGACGUAUAGACACCAAGGAGCAUACAGAGGAAAAUAUCAGGCAACAAGAAGCAGAACAAAUUGAUUUCCGGACUGUGCUUGGAAAGAAAGUGAUCACCAAAACUGUUUCUGAGGAAGAACUGAAAGAAAUACCUGCAGAUCAAAUGGACUUCCGGGCUAACUUACAGAGGAAGGUCAAACCCAAGACCUUGGAGGAAGAUAUGAAGCUACACAGCCCUCAGCAAGUUGACUUUCGGUCAGUCUUGGGUAAAAAAGGUGGCAGCCCUAAAAUUGGACCUCCAGAUAAUGUUCCAGGCAAAGCAGGUACUCCUGACUUCAGAUCUGUUCUGGGCUCAAAGAAGAAGCCUCCCAUUGAAAACAAUACCAAUUCUUUAACCCCAAAUUCUAAGCCAGAGAAACCAGCAGAAAAGAAUGAGGUAAACUGUGAACAUGGGUGUGCAGUAGUGGAUGGUGAGAUUCAAAAGGAAAAGGCUAAGAAAUGGGGUAGAGUACCCGAGUUUACAGAAAAGCUUCGAGACUGUCGUGUAAAUAAUGGAGAAAAACUUGUGUUACAGUGCCAGGUUUCCUCUGAUCCAUCAGCAACAGUUAGCUGGGCUCUUAACGGAAAAGCCCUCAAGUCUUCAAAAUCAGUUGUCAUCUCACAGGAAGGUCCACACUGCUCCCUUACAAUUGAGAAGGUAUCACUGGAUGACAAAGGCCAGUACAAGUGUACAGCAGAUAAUUCUGUGGGGAAAGCUGAAUGUUCAUGUGAUGUAAAAGUGGAAGAUGCUCCAGCUGCUGAAACGCCAACAUCUGUUGAGAAGAAAUCCAAGAAACCGAAGAGCACACCAUCCCCCAUGCCAGCAACAGAGAAUGAAGCAACAGUGAAGAAGAAACCUGCUCCAAAGACUCCCCCAAAGACAGCUGUUCCCCCACAGAUUCUGCAGUUCCCAGAAAACUUAAAAGUUCGAGCAGGAGAAUCUAUAGAGCUGCAAUGUAAAAUAGCUGGAACUCCCCCUCUUAAUUGCUCCUGGCAGAAAUUUAGAAAGCAGAUCGUAGAAAAUGAACAUAUGAAAAUUGAGAACACAGAAAGCACUAGCAAGCUUACCAUAUCGAAAACAAAGCAUGAACAUUGUGGGUGUUACACGCUGGUUGUGGAAAACAAAGUAGGAUCUAAGCAAGUGCAGAUCAAUGUUACUGUUGUUGACAAACCUGAACCCCCUGCUAGGUGUCCGUGUGCCUCUGAUGUACGUAGCUCGACACUGACCCUCUCAUGGUAUGGGCCAACGUACGAUGGAGGAAGUGCAGUACAGUCCUACACAGUGGAAAUCUGGGACAGCAUAAACAAACAGUGGACCGAUCUUACAACAUGUCGUAGCACAUCUUACAAUAUCCAAGACCUGUUGACAGAUCGUGAAUACAAGUUCCGGGUGCGAGCCACUAACAUGUAUGGUGUCAGUGAGCCCAGUCAAGAGUCCAUCCCAGUUAAAGUCGGAGAAAAGCCACCAGAAACAAAAGAUGAAGCAGAGCUUUCUGAUGAAGAAGAUGGCGAGCCAGAGUACCGGGUUGUAACUGUCAAUACCAGUCAGAAAGUGUCAGACUUCUAUGACAUUGAAGAAAAAUUAGGAACAGGAAAAUUUGGCCAGGUGUACAGGCUUGUGGAAAAGAAGAAUCGAAAAGUAUGGGCCGGAAAAUUCUUUAAGGCGUUUUCAGCUAAAGACAAGGAAAACAUAAGGCAAGAAAUCGACAUCAUGAACUGCCUGCAUCACCCUAAAUUGGUACAGUGUGUUGAUGCUUUUGAAACCAAGACUGAUAUCGUCAUGGUGAUGGAACUGGUUUCUGGAGGAGAACUCUUUGAAAGGAUAAUAGAUGAAGACUUUGAGUUGACUGAAAGGGAGUGUAUCAAGUAUAUGCGACAGAUUAUUGAUGGAGUUCAGUUUAUCCACCAGCAAGGCAUCGUUCAUUUGGACCUGAAACCCGAAAAUAUUAUGUGUGUAAAUAAGACAGGCACAGGAAUAAAACUGAUCGAUUUUGGACUUGCUCGGAGAUUAGAGACCACACAGUCACUUAAGGUCUUAUUUGGAACACCAGAAUUUGUGGCACCAGAAGUUAUAAACUAUGAGCCCAUUGGAUAUGCAACAGACAUGUGGAGCAUAGGAGUUAUCUGCUACAUCCUGGUCAGUGGUCUUUCACCUUUUAUGGGUGACAAUGACAACGAGACAUUAGCAAAUGUUACUUCGGCUACCUGGGACUUCGAUGAUGAAGCAUUUGAUGAGAUAUCUGAAGACUGCAAAGAUUUCAUUAGUGGCCUGCUAAAGAAAGAUAUGAAGAACCGGUUGAGUUGUAGCCAAUCUGUUGAGCAUCCUUGGCUGCAAAAGGAUGUCACAACAAUGGCAGCUAAAAAGCUCUCCAAGGACAGAAUGAGGAAGUACUUGGCACGAAGGAAAUGGCAGAAAACGGGAAAUGCUGUAAGGGCAAUAGGAAGGCUGUCUUCACUGGCUAUGAUAUCUGGGUUGAGUGGCAGGAAGUCAUCUGGAAGCUCACCUACCAGUCCAUUAAAUGCUGAUAAGCCUGAAACAGAAGACCAAGACUUGAUGGAAGUUUCAGAAGAAGUCUCUGAGGCUUUCCUCGAAGCUGUUGCUGAGGAGAGGCAGCCUUUGAAGCCAUUUUUCACCAAAACCAUCCGUGAUGUUGAAGUGGUAGAAGGCAGUGCUGCAAGAUUUGACUGCAAAAUUGAAGGGUGUCCUGAUCCUGAUGUAGUCUGGUACAAGGAUGACCAGCCAAUCAGAGAGUCUCGCAACUUCCAGAUAGACUAUGAUGAAGAGGGCAACUGUUGUUUGGUGAUUGCAGAAGUCUCUGGAGAUGAUGAUGCCAAAUAUACCUGCAAGGCUACAAAUAACCUGGGAGAAGCAACCUGUAGUGCUGAACUUAUUGUAGAAGUGAUGGAAGAAGGUGCAGAAGGCACGGGAGAAGUAGCAGAUGAUGACUGAACCAAGCCUGUAAUGUUAUAGGAUUCCUGCUCCACUGCGUCACAUUUGCACUAGUGGGGCUUGAAAAAAUGCAUGGCCUCUAAAAAUGCCCAGCCUCAUUCUAGUGAUACUUUCUGUGCUUCUUUAAUUCUUUUUAAUUUCACUGGUUAAAAAAUAGUUACAGCUUAUGUGCUCUAACCUGAUAUGUAGCCAGUUCUAAUCUCCUGCUUAGUUUAAAGCUACCACCUAUUUCAGUUAUAUGCUUUAUUUCUAAUUAAUUUUAUGUUUCACGUAGCUUUUGUAAUCCUUCAUAAACUUUAGUUGGAAGCCAACAGAUCAGAAUGUAACAUGACUAAGAUUUUAGUCCAAAGAUGAAUGCUUUAGUAGGAAACCAUUUGAAAUGUCAGGACCUGCUACAGCGAGUCCCAAAAUAUAGACUGAAUGGUUGAAAGAUCAGACUUAAAUAUACUAAGUCUGAGAUGCCAUUUCUUGGGGUAUUCCCUUUUCUGUGAGGUAUGGCAAUUAAACAGGGGGAUUCACUCUUUUUCUGUGUAUUCAGUUUUUUUUUGUUUUUUUUAGCUUGGCGCUCAGCUUUUUGAGUGUCGACAUGUCAGUAGGCAGCUGCUUUAGUAAUAACACAUGGUUUCCAUUUAUCAUUGUCUUAUUAGCUGAUCACUUUUUCACAUUUAAAAAUGUCAUUAUGGAGUAGACUAAGCAAAGGAUUUGAAUUUCUCAUGAAAGCUGGAGCACAUAUUAUAUUACAUUCCUGAAUUAAGAAGUUAUAUUUUGUUUUUCAUUUUUUUUUCCCACUGAUGGAUGAUACCAGCCUCAAAUGGACUGUUUUCUGGUAUGGGUUAACAUUUACAGCUGAUGGGCAUUUUUAGACAGCAAUCGUUUUCUUAGCACUUUGCCUUUAUGGGCUUCAGUUAUUUUCCCUUCAAAACUGCAUCAGAGAGGCUGCUGCCUCUGAAUACUCAAACUGUGACUUGCUAUUGAAAAGAAGUACUCGGCACACUUUAGCUUAGACAAUCUGGCUUACUGUCACUGUAUUGGCACUUUUCCUUAUCAAAAGACAUUGUUUGAUGCCGUAAACAAACAUGCACAACCAAAUAACUUCUUUUCUUCUUUGAAUUACUGAACCAUUCCACUUGUUAAAAUGCUAAGUUAAAUUCACCAAAGCAGAAUUAUGAUAGUAUAUUUUUGUCUUGUACCUUGUCAGCAUUGGAUUGUUCAGUAUUAUGUAGUUUUGUGAGUUUUUUUUUCUGUACCUUCUCAUCUGCAUUUUUUGUAUAACACAAGUCAAGCACUAAACCGCUGGGUCGCCACAGCUUAAGCAUGCACCUUAAGUGCUGUUGUUUAGAACGCAUCACAUCCUUGGCCAUCAGAUCUACUUUCACAACCUACAUAUUCCUAAUGGUCCUUUUCUUAUGUAAAGUUUUUAAUUACAUAGGUGUCAGUCUAUGUCUUUGAUGCAGGUAAUAAUCUUCUUUUGUCACUGUUUUUGGCACCGUGCCAGAGUGACAACAUGGUUCAUCCAAAAUUUCUUAUUCUGACCAUGUAGAGAGAGAGAAAGAGAGAGCAGUAACUUGUUGAGCCUGAAUGUUUAAUGAUAUUUACUGAACUGAAAAAACAUCCUUAGGAAGCUCUGUGCAGCACUUAAAUCAUCCAAAGAUCUGUAGUUUUGCAGGAUAUUGGUGUUUUAAGUAAAGUUUGGUGUUUUAUACAGUGUGUAUUGUCAUGAAUUGGUAUCAUUCUGUGAGAUGUGACUUUUAAGUUCAGCAAGGAUCCUAACAAUAAGCGAAGAUAUCAACUGCAUCUGGAGGCAGACAAUGACAUGUCUUGAAGAGAAUGUCUGCACAUGAAAAGGGAAAAGAAAAGCUAUUUUCACAUUUAAAUAGUUCAUCUGUUCUUCUAUUUGUUGAUAUAUUAUUUCCUUUGCUUAUUUUCCACAGGACUCAAGUAUAACCCAUAAAGCAGCUUAAAAUGUUCUGUCAAAUCAUAAUCCACAUACCACUGUUUUAAUGAGAGAUAUUAGUAUCAUAUAAUACAUAAAUAUGUAUGCAGUUAUGUGAAAGGUAUUUCCUGCAUUGAAGGGGUAAUGAAAUCUUUGUUUUCUUUCUUAAACUAUGCUUGACAGUGUUUGCUUUUCACCACUUAGGAUGUUUUUCAAUAAUAGUGUUUUAUUUUGUACCUUAAAAACAAAAGUGUGUUAUUUUUUCAAUGUGUUAAGAGGAGAAAAGAACACUAUAACUGUGGUUACUCACUGUGUUAAAAUAAAGUAUACCACCAAGAA